AUGAUCCUACAGGCUACCAGCAUCCAUAUAGCUGGCGUGCGCCCUGAAGCCCGAGAGUCUCUCCGUCAACUCUUCUCGAGGUUCGGGAAACUUGACCCCGACAGAGAGGUCUUCGUGUCCCCUCGGGGCCUCUGGGCCAGGGUCACCUUCUUGGACCACGUUAACGCUUUGGGUGCUCUCUCCCACUUACAGGGCGUACCCUUCAACGACAAGCCUCUGGAGCUCACUUGGCACAUAUUCAGGCGGAGACCGGGGGUUGAUGAUAAUGCUGACAACUUUGACUCAGCCUUGCGCCGGGCGGGGACAUUUGGAAUUCGAGAUACCGAGAACCGAAGCGCCGAGUUUUACGAGUCGAUGAAGCCACAGAAGAGGAUGAGGAAAGAAGAUACUCCCUCCGAGCAGGAGGAGCCUUCAGCCGGCACCCGAGCUGAGUGGUUACGAAAGACUGUAGCGAUGCUCGAGCCCAGCGAGUCGGCUUCCACCGGUGGUGAGGCCACGUCAAAUAUAGAGAAGGAGGCUGCUACAGCCAUCACGGCUACGGUACCGGAGAAGGAGGAAGACAGUGAUGCUGUCAGCGAGCAUCCGAGUGACGUCUCUGAUGAUGAUGGAUACUGA